CAGAAGUUCUCAACAUCCAGUGAUCAAAGCGGAUGAAAUGCUUCUCGUUUAAAGGUGGAAGAUGAGCUUCGAGGCGAAGCGAUGCGGUGUUCAGUUCAAUCCUCCAUCGAUCAUCCUCAUCUACGAACACAAGGACACUAAACGUGUGAGGAAAAGAGUCAUGCCCGUCAGAAGCUUCUCCAAAUACUCUGACUACCGCAUGGCUGCGGAGAAGCUGAAGAACCACCCUCGGCACCGGGACUACCUGCGCGGCGUGAGCCAGGGCCAGCUGGAGAAGCUCCACGUCAUCCUGCGGGAUCACAUGGAGGGCCUCAGCCUGGAGCACAGCCUGGCCUCCUUCCACCUGGACCCAGAAGAAGACCUGAACAAGCUGGACGACGACCGACUGGCCCGCAAGAAGGGCCAGAUGGACGAGCUGUUCCAGAGGAACCGGCGGCGCGAGAGCGAUCCCGACUUUGUCUACGACGUGGAGAAGGAAUUCGGGAAGAGCGGCCAGGAGAAGUGCAGCUGGGACGAAGAGUCCGACGACGGGUUUUAAAAAAACAACAAAAAAAAACUCCUAGAGUGCAGAUGUUCCAUGAGGUGACGGGAACAUCUGGCACGGCUGGAGUUCACCACACUGACCCUCUAGGAUCAGCUGCCAGUUUAUUAGGAAGAGGAAACCAGGAUCUCCCUCCAUGUUCAGUCACAGCUGUGAGCUUUUGGUAGCUGGUGACAUCGAUACGGAACUUUAGAUAUUCUAAACAAUGCCAUUAUAUUUAUAUAUAUACAUAAAUAUCUGCAGACUAAAGCGUCCAAUGACGUUGAGCUGGUUUAACUACUGAUUUAAUAAGAGUUAAAUCCUCUCAGUGAGUUAAACAUCAGUAGAAAGGAGAAACUACAGAAAGAGAUUCCUAAAUAAAAGACUGUAGGAGCAUUAAGGCCCAAAAGACAAAGACGCUUUAAAACCACAAUGAAUGAAGUCAGGCGGGAAUAAUAGUGAAUAUUUAUUUGUUAUAAAAUACUGAAUUUUACAAAAUACAAAGACUUUGGCUGGUUUAUUUGGUGGCUUUACACCCAACGUGUUAUUCACAUAGAAUCCCAUAAAAUAAAGUUUGAGUGUCUACCAUC